CCUUCGUGCGGGUCGGUUAGUGUAACGGUGCAAAUUUGGUCCCAGAGGCAAAACUGAAUCCUGGCAUGGCCCAGAAGUAAACAACAACAUUCGCAUAGCCGUUCGGCGAUAAUUAAAUAACAUUUGUGCUUACCCCGCUCGAGUGAGAUUAAAAAGACUAGAGUGAGACUAACUGGUCGAGAAUCGCCAGGGGAUUCCUGGGACGAUAACUGCAAAAAAGUGUAACAGAAUACCAAAAACAAACCAACAGAAUCCCCCGGGUUCAAUGCAUUGCCUGUCGCUGAGGGCAGGGGCAGAUAACCCGCCGAUAACGCGGUUGUGGUUCAGUGGCAAUUUGCAUUGAUGAACUGUGCGCGCCGCUCGUCGUGCAUAACAAAAACCAAUCCGCUCCGCCGAUAAUCAGAGCCCCAGGACCCGAGCCUUCAACAGCUCAGCUCAAUUCAGCUCGACUCCUUCCGAUUAUAUCCUUUGAAGUGCCGGCUCUCGGUGAGCGGUGUGCGGUGUGCCUUGGCUCAGUGUGCAAAGUGUGAAAAAGCGCAAAAUAAAUAUUAAAAGCGAAACGUGCGUGGAUUAGAAAGCAUAACCCAGGGAGCAGAAACCGCAACAACUACAGCUGCCAGCUGGAACAGUUGAGGAGCUGAGCAAUUCCUCCCAAAAGACAUCGCCGCCAGCAGACGGCGUCUGGCGCCGGAACUGUCUAGCGGCAACAGAGGCAACAAAAAAAGCACCAGCAGUAGGAGCAACGAGGAUCCAGCAACACUGAACCAGAUAUUGCGACAACAAACAGAAAUGGCCAGCAAACGGGACGGUUCCGAAGGAGGGACUCGGAGAUACUGCGGAACUGGAGGAGCCCUGCAUGCUACAUUCAAUAUGCUGGCGUUGAGCUGGAUUAUAAUCUCAGAGUUAUUGCUCAGUGCUCAUUGCCUGAAGGAUCUGAAGAUAUUUGUACCGGAGGCAGUCCGCACUGGAAACUCUGCAACAUUGUCUUGUCAAUAUGAUUUGGAACAGGCGGCGCUCUACUCCGUGCGCUGGUACUUCGGCCAGGAGGAGUUCUACCGGUAUAUUCCCCGCGAGGCCAAGCCCACAUUUGUCUUCGCCGUCUCCGGCAUUAAUGUUGAUCUCAGCAAAUCGGAUGCCACAUCCGUUACCCUGAAGAGUGUCACCCGGGAGCUGAGCGGCAUGUAUCAGUGCGAGGUUUCCGAGGAUGCCCCGCUUUUCCACACGGAGAUUCGCUCGGCUCACAUGCAGGUGAUUGAGCUGCCCAAAGAUGAACCGGUGAUGCAAGUGGACAAGAAGGAGAUUGGCGUGAAUGACAACCUAAAAGCGGUGUGCACGGUGGGUCCAUCAUAUCCACCUGCCAAUAUUACCUGGCUAAUCAACGGACGAAAGAUUUACAAGACGCCGCUGCAACGCAUUUCACAUGACACCUACGAAGGCUCCACCACGUACUCCUCGUUGGAUCUCUUGCCGCACAGCCAGGCCCUGCAAGUCUUUUUCCAGGCGCUGCCCAAGUACCAGCACAAUAUAGUGCUCCAGUGUGAUGUCUCCAUCAUGCAGUUAUUGUACAAGAGCGUCCAUCAGCCCAUUAGACUGAGCAACGCGCCGCCGACGACUAUCUCGCCGAAUCUUCUGGGCCUGGAGGGGUCGAAGCGAUAUGCCAACGGCGAUCCGGACAAUUCGGCGCUGACCGGCGCCUCGCAGCGUUGCUGCAUCUGCUGCGGAGCUCUGGGCGCCUUUUCCUUGGCGCUUUUCACGCUGGCGGUGGCCCAGCUGUGACCGCAGCAGGCCCCGUAAGCAGUUCUUGGAGGCCGACGCAGUAGUCGCACUGACAAUGGAGAAACAAACCGCAGGAGCAAUGCGCCAGCAUAAUUGAAAAAUAACAGGCACCUGGCCGUGGAAAAAUAUGAACCAGCCGGCAUGAGAGGCAUAUUUGAUUGCGGAAUAAAAAAACAAAUGCAAGAAUCAAAAAUAAAAAAAAAAAUGAUGGGAGGUGGGAGAUUUGAAAAGGAAAAUUGUUGAUGGCGGCGACCCUGCAGUGUCAACGCCUAGCAUUUUAUAGUUUUUAUUAUUUGCAUGGUUUGCCAAACAAAACAAGCAACUGGGUCGCAGUCCAAAUGUUCAAACAGAAGAUUGUUUUCAAUGCGUUAAUUAAUUUGCCAAGGCUACAUACAAAAUUCGGAUAAUAAAAAAUACAUUUAUAUAUAAGUCAGCCAGAGGACACUGCACUUUUAAAUAUGAUCGGGCAAAGUUCAUGGGAAGGUUAAAAUAAUAAAAGUAAAAAAGAGAUAGUAUAAUUUGAAUACGUAACAAGCAUAAUUGCAUGUUGUGGAUUGGGGCGUGAUGUUGAAUUCUUCAUAUAAAAAACAGAAAAAAAAAUGAAUAUAGAAACCAUAAACUUAAAUAAAUUAACACACGCACUUGCAAACAAACCUUGCAAACCUAAUUGCAUAAAUAAAAACAAAAACAAUUAAUAAGCAUAAGUGACACACAUUUAAUACUAAGUACACCCUACCCUCCAACUACCGCAGCCUAGACACAUAAGUUAUGUAAAUAAUUACUGUAAAGAAUCCAAAAUAAAAAAAAAAUAUUAAUAAAUACAAUUAAAGUCCACACAAAGGCAGCA